AUGUCUUCCUCGGCAGCAAAUCCCACCGCUACAGCCGAACCCACCAAGAAAGUCCUGUUGAGAACCUCUGACAAUGAGAUAUUUGAAGUAGAAGAAUCGAUUGCAAUGGAAUUUGGCACUGUAAAGUCCUUUCUUGAAGACUCGCCAUCGUCAACCAACACUGUGCCACUCCCUAACGUAUCAGCCCAGGAACUCCCAUCAGUUAUUGAAUUUUGCAGGGAGCACAUCAAGAUGAGAGCAAAUGCAGACGAUGAUGAGGAAAAGAAGAAAAGGUACAAUGAGGGUUUUGUGAAAGAAAAGAGUAUCGGAGAGCUAGCAGAGUUGUUACUAGUCUCUAACUAUUUAGAGAUUAAAAAUCUGCUUGAGGUGCUUAAUCAGGCGGUUGCUGAUAGGAUUGAAAACAAGAGUGUUGAAUAUGUGAGGAAAUUUUUCGGGGUUGAGAAUGAUUAUACCCCUGAAGAAGAGGCUAAACUUCGUCAAGAAUAUGCUUGGGCUCAUGAAGGUGUUGAUAAAGACUAG